GUCAUUAUUUAUUUAAAUUCAGCCUUUAUGUCGUCGUCAUUUUUAACACAACUGCGAAAUAAAUCAUCAGGUUUGUAACCAUAAUUGUUUAAGUCUCGCAUUCGAGAGAAUUUUAAUGAAUUAUCUUUUUUUUUAGUCAGAUUAUCAAGCUACCUCUCGCGCUUCAUUUCUUUUUCUCUAAUAAAAAAAAAAUAGGGGGGGUGAGUAUAGAAUGAGAAUAAAUAUGAGACUGGGGAAUUUAAAAAUUGAUUGGUUCUAGUGUGCUGUAAGUGGGAGGUUUUUUUUCUCCCUCCAACAGGAAGUGAUUUGCAGUGUUCAGCAAGCCUUUUGUUGAGAAGGUUUUCUCAGAUCAGUGAGUCAUGCUUUAGCUCUGAGCCGGCAGGCAGGCAGGCAGGCAGGCAGGCAGGCAGCAGUCAGAGAGUAUUUGCUCUUCCCUCGCAGUGUCCGUGAUCAUCAACAACACAGACCUUUUUCUGUUUUCUGACUUUUGGAUUUUGAGGCUAGAAUCCAGCAGCAGCAGCAGGAGCAGCAUCACCACCACCGCUGGAAACCAAAUAAGCUGCACCACAACAGUGACAGCCUUUUAUCCUCCUCUUCCCCUGCUUCAGUGUUGUGUUUCCAUGGAUUGUGCCUGUAUGUUUCCCUCGGACGGAUUGGAUUGCAGCUCUGGAUUUUACUGAGGGCAGAUUGGACUUUGGCGACAGCAACGGCAGCGGCGGCGGCGGCAGCAGCUCAACACAACCACCACUGUAACCUCAAUAGAGAAAAUUACAGUCAGGUGGCCUGUGAUUGCUAAAAGGCGUUUGCUGCCCGCACCGUGGCUGCUAUGUUACAGGAGAGGGCAAUCAGCACGGCUCGGCCACAUCUGCCGGCACACUUGUGAACAGGGCAGGCUGUGCGUGUCGGUUGGUGGAGAGAGGGGCGCGAGCAAGAGAGGGAAGGGUAUGCUUCACCGUACCAAAUACAACCGCUUCAGGAAUGAGUCAGUGACAUCCGUCGAUGAGCUUCUCCACGGCCUGUCCAUGAACCCCAAGGUCUCGGCCACCCCCCAGUCUGCAGCCGAGACGUCUUACACACCCCCGACCGAGGUCCAGCCCUCCUCCACCACCACUUCUUCCAGCACCCCCGCCAGCCACGGCUCCGACCACUUGGAGGAUGGAGGCACCACCCUCUGCACCCUCAUCAACAAGGUGUCCGGCCUGAAAUUCAGCAACUCGGGCAGCUUGCUCGGCAUCAAGGGUCUGCCCUCGGCCGUCAAGGACCUGGCCGUGUCGAAGCUGCAGGGGGGUGGGGGAUCAGGCUCAGGCGGCUCCAGUGGCCCGAGCCCCAGUGCAGCGGCGGCGGCGGCGGCAGCAGCCUCUGGCGUGAGUGGCUCUCUGUGCAGCUCUGCCUCCCAUUCAAGCCCCUGCUCGCAGCUGGAGACAGCUGUUAGCAUGAGCAAGAAGAGCAGGCUGGACGAGCUCCAGCCCGGCGGAGAGGACUGGAACCCGGGCGGAGGGGGCGGACUGGUGAGCAAGCCCUCCAGAGGAUGGCUGCACUCAAACGAGAAGAUCUCCGGUCCAGGAGUGACAUACAUCGUGAAGUAUCUGGGCUGCAUAGAAGUCCUUCGGUCAAUGAGAUCCUUGGAUUUCACCACAAGGUCACAAAUAACAAGGGAAGCCAUCAGCCUGGUGUGUGAGGCUGUUCCAGGAACCAAAGGAGGACUGCGGAAGAGAAAGCCUCCAUCCAAAGCCCUGUCCAGCAUCCUGGGGAAGAGCAACCUGCAGUUUGCGGGCAUGUCCAUCAACCUGAACAUCUCCACCACGAGCCUCAAUCUGAUGACCCCCGACUGCAAACAGAUCAUAGCCAAUCAUCAUAUGCAGUCCAUCUCCUUUGCAUCAGGUGGAGACCCCGACACAACAGAUUAUGUCGCCUAUGUAGCAAAGGAUCCAGUUAACAGAAGAGCAUGUCACAUCCUGGAGUGCUCGGACGGGCUGGCCCAGGACGUCAUCAGCACCAUCGGCCAGGCCUUCGACCUCCGCUUCCAGCAGUACCUGCAGUGUCCCUCGAGCAAACUGCCCUCCACACACGACAGGGUAUUAAAUAUGGAGGAGCUACCGUGGACAGAAGAGGAGGAGGAGUCAACAGAGCACCCUUACUACAACAACAUCCCUGGCAAGAUGCCGCCCCCUGGAGGCUUCAUCGACACUCGGCUGUCCAAUCAGAACACAGCUGCAGAUGGAUGCCAGAUGGGUCCAGCCUCCGUAGAUCAAACAUAUUAUCAGGGGCGACAUUGUGAAAAUUGGGGAGAUGAAAGAAAGGCUAUUUUCAUGCAGCAGGGAUCAUUCGAUAUAAGCACUCUGCCCGAGCCUAAAGGUCAGGCAGCCAAGGCGGCAGAAAUGCCCACGUAUGUGAACACCCAGCAGAUCGACGCCCAGGUGCUCGCAGCGCUCCAGGCAGAGGCGGAAAAUGUGACAAAAGGCAUGGCGGCCGCAGCCAAAGACAGCCCACAGAAGGACCUGUUCGACAUGAAGCCCUUCGAGGACGCCAUCCAGUCCCAGUCGCAGCCCCAGCCCCCGUCCCAGGGCCAGGCCCAGUCCCAGGUCUCGGGUCUUCACAAGGCGGCGUCGGUGGACAACUCCAGCCCGCUGCUGGUGCGCUCGCUGGCCUUCCGGGCGCAGGAGGAGCUGGAAGGCCAGACGUGGUACCACGGCAAGAUGAGCCGGCGGGACGCCGAGAAACUGUUGAGAGACGACGGGGACUUUCUCGUCCGCAAGAGCACGACCAACCCGGGGUCCUACGUUCUGACGGGCAUGCACAACGGACUUGCCAAACACCUCCUGCUGGUGGACCCUGAGGGCACGGUACGGACAAAAGAUCACGUGUUUGACAGCAUCAGCCACCUCAUUGGCCAUCACCGUGACAACAAUCUGCCAAUCGUGUCGGCCGGGAGCGAACUGUGCCUCCUGCAGCCCGUCAUAAGGAAACAGUGAUGCUUGCAAUGCCUUAUGGGAAAACAGAAAGGUUCCAAACGGUUCUCCCAUCCCGGAACUUAAAGAUGGCGCGCGAGAAGAAGCUGCUUUAAAGAGGCGAUUUACACCGACUGAGCUUUCGGGGAAAACUGUCCAGCGGUUUCUUUACCGGAGUCUUGGAAGACGCAAGAUUUGUUUAAGAUAAAAAAAGAUUAUUUAUAGAACUGUUAUUAUUUUGUUGUGACGACUGAAAUGCUAUAUUUUUGAGAAGACAUAGGUGCAUUUGGACAUAAUAUGUUGAUUUGGUGUUUUAAAAAGACAUUGAAAAAAAAAAAGACUGAUGUUCUUGUAGUUUAGAUGAAGAGCAAAUCACACCUCAGAGAGGUGGAAACAAGAGUAUUUUAGAAUAAAAAUCUGAAAUUUUAGUUUUGUCUGUCAAGCACAACCUACAUUUCUACGGGAGCUGUUGGCUAAGAGGAAGCAGAAAUGCUGUUAAUAAUAAAUGAAUUUAGGGAAAAAAAAUGUCCUUUAAUCUCACCAGUAGUGUGACGGCUUACUCCAAUUAGUCAAUAUACGAAACCUGCUUUUAUCGGCGAUUAGAAUCGAAUGUGUUUUUGCUUUGCAGUUGUCACAAAGUGUUUGGGGCGCAAACAGACGCCCUUCAUAGUGCUGUCAAUGGCUUUAAAGAUGAACUUUUUUAUGAAGUAUUUUCUCGUGUCACUGCAGUCGCAUGACUUAAGAUCAACUGUUCUCGUGGCCAUGUUCGUAGACCUUGAUACCCCUUUAUUUGGAAGAGGUGCUUGUGUAUGCUGACACUGUA